CUACUUACACAUUCUCCAUGAAAUUGUAAUCUAAUUUGAAGUGAAAUAUUAAAUUAUUUUGUAUUUGUAAGUUUUAAUAUUGUAUAAUUUCAAUUAUUUAUACGCGUGCAAAACCAUCAGUAUAAUAGUAUGAUAAAUGUUCUAAACAUUGGCUUUUAUUUUGUCGCUUUUUCGAUAUGGUCAUGCGUUUCCGUCAAUGCUUAUUAUUAUUGUGAUAAGCAAAAGGAGUUGUGUGGCACUAGUAAGCAUUUUAUGUGUAAUCAGGAUGAUGUGCCUAGGGCAGGGGAACUCCUUGGACUUUUGCCAUUGACAGACAAAAUAAAGCGUAUGUAUGUCGAUCGACACAAUGAGUACCGUAACAAACUAGCAGGGGGUGAACAAGCUUUCAAAGGAGGUGAAAAAUUUCCUAAAGCCACGCGCAUGCGUGAAAUAAUUUGGGAUGGCGAGUUAGCGUAUAUUGCUGGACACCAUGCAAAACGUUGUAAUAUGAAGCAUGACGCCUGUCGUGCUACUGAGCGAUUUCCAGGCUCCGGUCAAAAUCUCCAUAUAAUGGGCACAAGUGUAAAGCCAAAAACGGUAGCAAAUGUGGUAGUGCAGGCGGUGGAUGAUUGGUGGAGCGAAUAUUUAUUGGUGACUGAUGGAAAUAAAAUGGUAGAAGAAUUUCCACAAGGCGUUGCAGACUGGCAUGCUAUCGGCCACUUUUCUGCCAUUGCAAACGAACGUGCAGCUUUCGUCGGGUGUGGUCUGGCGCUAUGUCAAAACUGUUCGUUUGGAUCUUAUUGUAUUGAGGUUACCUGUAAUUACUCAAAAACUAAUGUAGCAGGCACAUUCAUGUACAAGAAAGGCAAUUCAUCAGCCUCCGAGUGUGAUCAUUAUGAAAGUGUCCAGAGUAGUAAAUAUCCUCAUCUUUGUGAAAAUACCGGGAAAAUAUUUAAAGAAUAGACUGAUUUGCAGAUUUUGGUUGUGGUAAUAAAAUACGAGUACCUUAUUUAAAACGCAAAAUAUUUAAUUAUCCAUCAAAAUACAAGUACAUAUAUAUGUUUUCGUCUUCAAAGUGAUCUCCACCAGAUGUAAUACACUUAUGUCAACGAUUUUUCUAGUCCUCGAAACACUUUUCAUAAGCGCUUUUUGGGGUAGCCUUCAGAUCCUUUAGUGAACUUUGUUUUAUCUCCUCGUUUGUUGACUUUUUUGAAUCUCAAACUCAUAAACUUACCUGAUAGGCAGGUAUAAUACUCUCAAUGAAUGUAAGAUUGGAAUUCGGACGAACAAGCAUGUCCAAGAAGACCUGUUUACGAUACUCCAAAACACGAACAUCAUGCGAACGAGCUCACGAGAGAUGUGGAACUCUCUUACCAUCUCUCUAAAACUUGCCUGACGAUUUUCAAUAUUUUUAUUAGUUGAUGCUGAAUCACCGUAAGCCUUUUCCAACAUUCGCUACGAUUCCGAACUUGAAAUUUGGUUAGAAAUACAAAAUUUUAUAUAAAUUCUUUGUUCUGUGUGAUUAAACAUACUGGUUGUGUAAUUGUAUUCAAACAUUUGUAUGCUGCAGCAAAAAUUAU